CGUCAUUACGUUGUGCGCGGGAGCUUUGGUUAUCGAACAGACGAGUUUGAGGGAAAGAAAGAAGCGAGCAGGAGCGACAAACCUGCUGCUAAUUCUAUCAAAAUAUACUCGAAGUUCUUCUGUUUUAUCACUGGAAUCUGACCGGAAACACGAGCUCUAACUUGUUACUGCUUGUGUUUGAUUUAGACACUGGUUUGGUUUGGUUUGAGGGAGUUUGACUUCAGCUUCGUGUCUGAACUGCUGUGAAAACAGAGCUAAUGCUAACACAAGGUAACAGCUGAAACAGGAGUCAGAAGUUGACGGAACACCUCUGAGACUUUCAUCCAGCUGGGUCAGACUACUCCUACAGUAAUAUUCAAAUAACACGAGGGGCGGUGCAGCAGGAGAUUUAACAGAAUAAAGGACACAGGACUCUUCAUACCUGUCCUCGUGCCCUCCUCUGUGGAUCAGAUUCUCUCACCAUGGCGAUGAGGAGCGAGGCUCGGGUGGAGGCAGAGGUGGAGGAGGAGGAGAGCUUUGGACCUCAGCCUCUGAGCAGACUAGAGCAAAGUGGAAUCAGUGCCAGCGACAUCAAAAAGCUGGAGGAGGCCGGCUUCCACACCAUCGAGGCGGUCGCCUACGCUCCCAAGAAAGAGCUGCUCAACAUCAAGGGGAUCAGUGAGGCCAAAGCUGACAAAGUCCUGACUGAAGCUGCCAAACUGGUGCCGAUGGGUUUCACUACAGCGACAGAGUUCCACCAGAGGAGAGCCGAGAUCAUCCAGGUCUCUACGGGAUCCAAGGAGCUCGACAAACUGCUGCAGGGUGGGAUUGAGACGGGAUCCAUCACAGAGAUGUUCGGAGAGUUUCGGACAGGGAAAACUCAGCUGUGUCACACGCUCGCCGUCACCUGCCAGCUGCCCAUCGAUCAGGGGGGAGGAGAAGGUAAAGCCAUGUACAUCGACACAGAGGGAACCUUCAGACCAGAGAGACUCCUGGCUGUGGCUGAGAGGUACGGGCUGGUGGGCAGUGACGUUCUGGAUAACGUGGCGUACGCUCGAGCUUUCAACACAGACCAUCAGACCCAGCUGCUGUACCAGGCCUCCGCCAUGAUGGCCGAGUCCAGGUAUGCUCUGCUGAUCGUGGACAGUGCCACAGCUCUGUACAGAACAGAUUACUCAGGUAGAGGAGAGCUGUCUGCCCGACAGGGACACCUGGGACGAUUCCUCCGCAUGCUGCUCAGACUGGCAGACGAGUUUGGUGUUGCUGUGGUGAUAACCAACCAGGUGGUAGCGCAGGUAGACGGGGCGGCCAUGUUUUCUGCAGAUCCAAAGAAACCCAUUGGGGGCAACAUUAUGGCUCACGCCUCCACAACACGUUUGUACCUGAGGAAAGGUCGAGGAGAGACGAGGAUCUGUAAGAUCUACGACUCGCCCUGCCUGCCAGAAGCUGAAGCCAUGUUCGCCAUCAACCCUGACGGAGUCGGGGAUGCCAAGGACUGAUGAGGACAGCGAGGCGGGGGCUGGUGGUAUUUGUCUACGUCACGCCUGCUGCUUCAUACUGGACUAUAGUGAUGUUUGUGAUUUUCACCCACGGAGCCUCGGACUGAUGGGAGGAGGAGGUUUGAUGCUGAUUGAGAGGAGGUGGUCCAGGCUGUAGACCUGAUCUGAUGAGGAGCUCAGAGGUGCCACAGUAAUGAGGAACCUUUAAUUUCCUGCAGAAAAGACCAAACUGAAGAAACCCUUCAUAAAGAGCUUACUUUGUAGCUGUAGGGUUAAAAUAAUCUGCCUUCAUAUAGAAACAAUAACACAUUUAAUAAAACUAUCUCUCUGCUUGAUAACUUCUGACUGUCGGCCCUCUCAGUCGUAUUUUCUUAAUAACAUAAAUAUAAAUAACUGGUUUAUGUGAUGUAGAAACACCCUGCAGCCACAGAGACCUCAUGGUGAUGAUCAAAGAAGUCAUGACUCGAGAAAGUCUCCUUUUCUUCAGUUUCCUGCUGUCGUUCUUUAAAGUAGGGGUGCAAAAAUGAUUUGUAAAGUAUUCUUAAUAAUUUCUGAGAUCUCUUUUUGUUUGUUUUGUUUUCUGUUGAUGUUUCUGUGAUGGUGUGCUUUUCAUUUGAGCGUCUGAGUGAAGUGUUGACUGGAAACCUUUAGAGGAAGAAGUGGAAAGGUGAUCCAUUUUUCAUUUCAGUAACAUUAUAUUUUUCUCUUGAGGGUUUAACUCAAACUGUUUUUUUAAAGUGGGACAAGAAUGAUAUUUCAGAUGCAUUUGAGAGAAUAUUAAGAUCACAUAGAAGGAAAGCUUUAUUAAAAGUCUGCGUAUGACAGAGACUCAGUGUCUUGUCUUUUCAGAGUUCAGUCAAUAGAGAAACUAGACUAUAACUUCACCAGGUGCUCCACCCCUCCUUCUACAGGCUGCUCUUCUGAUAGUCCCCUUCAAAAUAAAAUAGUCUAACCUUAAAGCCGAACAUGUUGACUUUAUUCUCAUAGUUAAAAACUUCUUCUAAAAAAUGUCCUUUGCUCUCCUAAAAUGACGUCUCCAUUCCCAAGAAUUCAGAUUGUUUUUCUUUGAAGUCAACAAAACUACUUUCAAGAUUUUAUUUUGAAACCGCUUCAUGAGGAGUAAAAAUAUACUUGAUGGGAUUAUUGUUUAAAUAUCUGUUUUAUGUCUGUUGAAAAAAGUGUGAGCACGAGUAAACAGAAAGAAAAUUUCAGAAUAAUUGAUUUCAGUUUCUUUUUGAGAAAACACCUUAUAGUGAAACUUCUGCCCCUUGUGGCCAAAAUGAGUAUUAUACCUACAAACACUUGAUCUUGAGCCAGUCGGCCUAAAAACAUGAACCUUAUUUUUGUCCAUUUGUAAGUCUUUAACAGGAGAGCAAUAAGUCAGCUUGGUGUCUUCAUCUUCCUCUAAAUGUUUCCAGAUCAUUUUUGUUUUUGCUUCUUCUCAGUAUGUAAUGAUAUAAUUCAGCUCAUGUACCUUCUGUAAGGCAGUGUUUCUACUUUUGUCAGCUCCACCUUUCUGUUUGUCUUUAUUAGAACCUUCAGUAUUAAAGUGUCACAGCUAAAUUACAUUUGUUUUACUAUUAAA